AGGGCAGAGAAUAAAUGAGUAGAGUUGAGAUUUCUCUCAAAAACCAAGACUUCGUCUUGAGGUGCUUAGGCACUCAGUGUUUGAGGUAAUACUCUGGAGACACACUUAUCCCCUACCAAAAAUACCACACAUGACACAACAAAACCAUCAGACCUACAAAAAUUCCUAAACAUAACUCCAACGAUCAUCUCCAGCAUUCUUCACAUAGCAUUACCAUGAAGACGCUAAGCAACAAGGAAUCAAACCAUUUCAACUAACAAGAAUCAGGUAUGUCUGACAACCCUAGUACUAGUAAAAAUCAUUUUGAUUAUUUAACAAGAAUGAAGAAGAAAAUUAUUUCUUAGAUGGUAUCAUAGAUAUAAAAAAAAUAAAAGAGCAAACUAAUUUUACUUUAUCAGAAACCCAAAAUUUCAUUACUAAGUCAUUUUUAUCUAAAUUAUUUGAUAGAAAAAAUAUUAUUAAAUAUGGAAAGAUGAUAGGAGAAACAGCUAUACCAAUAGAACAGACCAAAGGAGAUUUUCUAAUCCAAAUAAUAAAUAAGGAACAAAUUAGAAAAAAGUUAUCAAAACUACAACAGGAAGAUGAAAUAAAAUAGCUUAUAUUCAUAUUACUACGAUACAAAUUAUUUUUAAAUCAACAAUGAAAACAGGAAUAAGUGCGCCAAUAAAACUAGAAAUAAGAGAUGAUAGUCUCAUUAACAAUGAAGAAAGCAUAAUAGCAAAAGGACAAGGAAUUUUAGGAAUAGGAAUAAUUAAAUUUGAUAUUAAUUUACAACAAGUUUUAAGUCUAACAGACGGAAAUCUUGAUUCCUCAAUAAUUAUAAAAUAUGAACUAAAAAGAGACAAUUUUAUGAGAGAAAAUAGUAAACCAUUUUCAGUACAAUAUCAAAUAAACUACGCUUUGACCAAUAGUCAUCAUAGUUUAACAUUCAAGGAUAAAGAAGUAAUUACCAUAGAAGAUUUAUUUAAACCACUAAUACAUUUAGAAUCCCCUAUAAAAAUAAUUAAAUCAUACUAUAGUAAUCCAAGAAUUAGCAUAGACGAACGACAUCCCUCUAGAAGAAUAACAAACAAGUUAAAAGAAGAAGAACAAAAAGAAAAAGAAGAGAUAAGAAAUAUUACGAUACUUCAUCAAUAUGACGACAAUAGUGAAAUAAAGAAACUACAAGAACUAAUCUUAGAAUGAAAAGAUAAGAUAUAAAUACUAUAAUGCCUAAUACUCACCAUAUAAAUAAAAUAAUAGAAGGAAUAGACGCUAUCGAUCUUACUACAAUAAACGAUAUCACUAAGGUUACACUAGAACUAUCAUACUUUGUCUCAGAUAUUGUAGACGAACAAAUGAGUAUCGGAACUACAGAAACAUUAGAGGAAGUUGUUUCAAAAAUCGAAUUAAUUACUGAUAUAAUAACUAGUCUAACUAAAAUAAAACAAAAACUAAUGAAUAAUUAAAACUUAGUAAUAAUUAGUUAGGGAAACUGAAAUCUAUCUGCAAAACAAAAAAUUAUCCAUGUCACUGUCUCCUUUCAUAAGAAAUAUAACAAAAAACUAAAGAAAAGAAAAACUACGUGAAAAACCAUGCAUAUCACUUGUUUGGUAUCAAAUUAUUUGACAAGAAUAUUAAAAUACUAUAUGAGGAUAUGUCAAUUUGGAAUCAAAAUAUAUGCUGAAAACUUUGGUGUCGGAGCCUUCAAAGCUAGUCCAUCAAAUGAAAGAGACUAAUCCAUUUAAAUUAAAAAAUAUUAGCCAAACAGUAAAUUACAAAAAAGUGCCCCAACAAGCUUCGCAAGCUCGGCUCGUUUGCAGCUCUAACUAGAGGACAAAUGGAGGAGGGAAAAAGGAAAAGGGGUAGGUGGGACCCGUGAUUUUUGUUUUCUUUUUCUUUUUUGAUUGAUUUAGUUGUUUUAAUUAGUGAUUAUAGUAUGUUAUUAGCUAACAAUCAUAUUUUUCAACAUUCAUAUUUUUUUACAGCAAUAUUUCCUACAAUCUUAUUUCCAACAUCUAUAUUUUUCGUUAUUGAUGACGUCAUAUUUAAUUAGUGAUAAAAAAAGUAUGUCCAAAUUAAAAAAAAUUAUAUCGAUAUGUUUUAAUUAGAGGACAAAUGGAGGAGGGAAAAAGGAAAAUGGGUAGGUGGGACCCAUAAUUUUUGUUUUCUUCUUCUUUUUUGAUUGAUUUAGUUGUUUUAAUUAGUGAUUAUAGUAUGUUAUUGGCUAACAAUCAUAUUUUCAACAUUCAUAUUUUUUUACAGCAAUAUUUCCUACAAUCUUAUUUCCAACAUCUAUAUAUUUCGUUAUUGAUGAUGUCAUAUUUAAUUAGUGAUAAAAAAAAUUAUGUCCAAAUUAAAAAAAAUUAUAUCGAUAUGUUCAUCUUAAUUAAUUAUUACUGCUUAUAUAAAAAUUAUGAACAAAUUAUCUUAAUAAAGUGAUGAGAUCAACACUAAAUUGAUUUUGGCAGCAAAAAAAAAACUCUUAUCAAUUACCAUAUUUUCCCUUCCCACCCAUUGUGACCAAACCCUUUCCCAAACUCUCAUUUCCCUAUUUUCCCACCCAAAUUUCCCUCUUUUCCCUACCACCAUUGUGGAUUAUCUAAAAGGGGGAGCUAAAGGGCUAAAAGUAGUUUUUAGGGGCUAUUUUAGCUCUUCUUUGUUUUAGUACUUAAAUUGAAUAUACUUGUGUUGUUGUGAGUGCUUUUAACUAACGAAAUUCAUUUCGUUGUAACUUUCAACCGUUCGAUGGCUAUUUGAAGACAAAAAAAUUAUAUUAAAAAAUUGGAACGUUCUUCCAUUUCAACUAGAAAAAAAAGUAUCUCCGAAAUUGUUUAAAAUCUUGGUAAUUUAGUGAAUGAAUUUCAUUUCGGUGUAACUUUCUUCCAUUUCAACUAAAAACAAAGUAUCUCAGAAUUUGUUCAAAAUUUUAUUAGAAUGUUGGUAUUCAAUUAUCGUGAAUGAAUAUAUAAAUUCUAAAUUAAAAAAUAUAAGUUUAACUACUCAUAAGUUAGGAUUACUAAAUACAAAACAUAAAUUUUUAGUCGUCGGGGUUGUGGUUAGUCUAAGGAUGCGUUUGUAUAGAAGAUUUGAUUUGGUAUUUGGAAUUUGAUAUUCAAAGGGUAGAUUGCAAGGUUGGUCACUGAAAGUGCUAAAAUAUUCAUGUUUGAUCACUAAAAGAAUUUUUUCCAUUCGUGAUCACUGGAAGUGCUUAAUGUUUCACGACUGGUCACUCUCCAUUGGUCUCCGUCCUUCUCCGUGAACAAAGUCUGUUAUCUUCUGACGUGGCUAAGAGAAAAGUCUGGUCACCUAAUUUUAACCCAAAAAAAAGAUUCCUGACUCGCCACAUCAAUUCGACCCGCCACGUCAGAUUCUCCCAACCCAACCCAUAACCCGGUCAGACCUAAGAACAACCAAAUCACAUUAAAAUUUGAGGGGCCAUUCGUUUCAGUCUAUCUCCUUCCUUCUCGAGCUCUUCCUCUUCCUCCCUUCUCUGCGAAUUUCAUCCAAUACCAGGGAGUCGAGGAACACUCUCAUUCUCACUCCCACCCAAAAUGGCAGGCGCCGACGUGUUCAGAAUGGUGGGAGAGUAUGAUUCUGAUUCCCAUAUUGGCUAGGGAUUUGAUGAUAAUCGGGUCGGCUCUGUAGAGGCGGACCUUAUGAAUUCGCGAUGGCUUAAGAUGGCCAGUGAAGAAGAUGAAUAGACAGGUCAGUAGUGGAAGAAGAGGUUGAGUUGGGUUGGGUUGGGUUGGAAUGUGUUUUAUGACGUGGCGGAUCGAAUUUUGAAUUUUUCUUGUUAAAAUUAGGUGACUAGACUUUUCUGUUAGCCACGUCAGCAGAGAAUAGAUUUUGUUAACGGAGACUAACGCUGAGUGACCAAUCGUGAAAUAUUAAGCACUUCCAGUGACCACAAAUGGAAUAAAAUUAUUUUAGUGACCAAAUGUGAAUAUUUAACACUUUCAGUGACCAACCUUGCAAUUUACCUGAUAUUCAAAAUAUGAAAUAAUUUGUUUGGAUAAUGUACCGCCUUUAUAUGUCAAAUACAUACCAACAACUAGUGAUUUGAAAAUCUUCAUAGUAAUAGACUAGAUAGGUUUCUAAAAUUUUAGGUACUGUAAUGCAAGAAAAAACAUAUAAAUAUACUAAAAAUGUAAUAUAUUAUCAUCAAAUUAUUUUUUAUAAUGGAAAAUUUUAAGAGGUAAAUUACCGACCUUAUCUUUUAAGAGGUAAAUUUAUGUACUAAAUUGUUAAAAAUAAUUAAGGUACUAAAUAUAAUUUUAUGAAAAUUAUGAUAUGUGACAAAAAAUUAAAAAAUUAAAAACUAAAAACUAAUAAAUUAAAAAUACUAAUAAAUUACAAAUAAAUAUCCAAAUUAUAAAUUUUAUGUACAUGCAUUUGAACUGAACCUUUCCUCGUUCUCCGAACCAAAAAAAACUGCACCUUUCCAAACACAGUAUUCUAUUUAGACACGAUGACCCAAAUUAGUUAGACCAUCUUUCCCAACCCAAUUGGAAGUCGACUUCACUAGAGAAAGGUUUCGUUAAAAGGUCGACAAAUUGCUAUAGAGCUCGGCCCACUUCCCAGAACCAGGCCCUCUAAUACCUUUUCCCAACCCCGUCCGUCAGUACUCGGCCUGUAAUAUCCCAACCUUACGAAUCGCUUAAUACAUAAAUCUUGUAGGUUACAAAUUAAGUCUUGGUCACAGUUUCUAUUCGUUCAUAGGGUUAAUGAGAUGAGUUUAAAACAUGUAGAGCACAUCAUCAUAUAGCUAAAUUUAACAUGAUAAAUUCUAUAAUUCCAAACCCAUCCAAAUUAGCCACAACCUUUCACUCUUGGCGAUGGAGCAAGAGAACCGAAUCCUACAAGGUCAAUGAAUAUUUGAAUGGCUGGUUUUUGGUGUGUCACUAUAUAUGAGUUUCUAUUUCCCACACAUGAGCAGUAGAGAACACAUGGGUGGUGAGGGGGUUUCUUUGGUAUGGGAAAAUAAAUGGGAUGGGAGAAAUGAAUCCCCUAGGAGCCGAGGAGAUAGAGCCAUCCACCACUUCAUAGUGCCUCUGUUGCUCAACUCUUUUCUUGUCAUCACCACUGUCAUGCUUAGAGGGAAGAAGUCUAGGUGAAGGAGUUAGCAGCAAGAGUGUGGGCAUAUAAGGUAAUGUGGAAGCUGAUGAGCGCCUAGCUAUCCUUAGGGCCCGUUUAGUAUUGUUGCUUGUUUUUGUUUCCUGUUGUGUUUUACGAAAUUUGGAAAACAAAGAAAAAAAAUCGUGUUUAGUUGGGUUUUUAUUUUUUGUUGUGAAUCAGAGUUGCACAACAAGGCCCAAAUAUGAGAAACAACAAUUUAUAGCUUUGGAUCUGAUUCUUAAACAUGUUGCACACGGGAUUCCUACUGGUUGUGCGCUUGAUUUCAUUAAAAGAGACCAGUUUUCGAAUCCCCACAGAAGCAAAAUUUUUUUUUUUUUUUUAACAUAUCCGCCCCCUCCCAAAACCCUACUUCAGCCGCCCUUUUACCAUUUUCCAUCUUCUUUGUCGAGACUCAUCAGCCGCCCAAGCUUCUUCUUCUCCGCAAGAACGUCCGACUCCGGCCAGCGGCGCCUCCGCCUCCGGCCCGCGCAGCCAGCCGCUCGCCUCCGCCCAGCCCAGCCGCGCGCCUCCUCCCAGCUCAGCGCCGCCAGCCGCGCGCCUCCGCCCAGCCCAGCGCCGACUAGCCUCCGCCGGCCGCCGACCAGCCGCGCGCCUCCGCCGGCCACCGAUCAUCUCCCCGCAGCAGGUAAAACAAACCAUUUAUUAAAUGUAUUAUGUUAAUAUUGUUGCUUCUUAAUAUGUUCUUGAAUUAUGGUAUGUAUGUAGUGAUUGCUAGACUAGUUAUUUGUGAAUUUGGAUUGAUUGCUAUGUUCUUUGUGAAUUUCGAUUGAUUGCUAUGUUCUUUGUUUUGUGGUUUAUUAAAUGUAUUAUGUUAAUUUCGAUUGCGGACAUAUUUCUUUUUCUGGUUUUUAGUUCUUAUAGUAGUAACUAAACGCGUUUUUGUUUCUUGUUGUCAGCUUUCAUGAUUUUUCAGAUUUAUCAACUAAACAGGUUUGUGUUUUCUGUUUUUUUCCUGUUGUGGUUGUACAUCUGUUUACAAAACACCACUGCAACCACAACAGCAACAAAAUGAUACUAAACGGGGCCUUAGUUAAAGAAGUUGAUGUAUAUGUGAUAGUGGCUGAAGGAAUGCAUGAUUCCAAUUAAGAAUUUGCCUUGUUCUAGCUGAAGUGAUACAUGGCUAAAUUAGUCAUUACUCUGCAUGCUGAUAUACUGGGUACUUCGAACCCAAGCAAUCAUGCGUAGGAUGAGGAUUGUAGUUGCCUACCUGGUUAUGGAUUAUAAACAUUGAUCGUGGGUUUGGAAAUGCUCAAGUAGGGAUAUAUAUAUAAACAUAGGUGGCCUGAGUAUGUAUAUAGCUCUCUGUAUUAUCAUUGUUUAUACAUGCAAGUAUUGUGAAAACCCAUAGUGGAUGUAAGUUGCUUGCAUAUAUAUGGAUGGAAUAGAAGAAGUCAAACAUUUGGAUAAUUAUGUGAGGUAUGGAAAAGAUUAAUAUAUGUAUAUUAGUAGUGGGUUGCAUGUGUGUAUUCUUAAUCUUGAUUAAGACAAAAAAAUGGGGAAACCUAAAGUGAUAUGAAGUUAAGUAUAAGGAAUAAGAUACAAGUGUUUCGAGAAGGGUGAUUAAUUGGAAGGAUUAAGUGUUUAUAGACUAUAUGUUCUUUUUAUUAAGUUGUUCCAUAAUUAAUUGCUCGUGUGUUAAACAUGUUUAUAUGAUUUAUUAAAGGAAAGGAGCAUGCAUGAGAAUCAUCAAAGCAGAAGGAUUUAGCAGAGUAAUCGAGUAGUGAGUAAUUCUUAACCUAAUAUAUAUUUUACUAUGGGCAUGGUAUUCGGGUCAUGAAGCGGCCCGAAUACCUGGAUUUGUGAUAGAUCGAUAAAUGAGCUAUGAAUGAGUAUAAGCUUAUAUGAUGAGAAUUGAUAAUGUGGAUAUGUAUGAGUUUGCUAUUUUCAACGUGCAUUGAUGAAUGAGCUAUGUGAAGAAUGUAUUGAUGUGCAAUUGAGAUGAUUGUGUAUAGCAUCAAUGAGCAUAUGAUAUGAUAUGAUAUGUGUGCCUACAGGCUUAUGACGAGAUGCUUUACAUGAGUAUUGUCUAACCCAUGAACUACGUGGUCACCUAAUAAAAACAUAAUGUUGCCUUGUUAUGCACUCAUGAAAAGAAAAAGAGAAGAAAAGAGUUAUACGAGAACUCCCUAUAAGGAGUAUCGUCAGACCUGGCUACGAGUUAACAAAAUAUGGCACUUCAUGCCCACGAGUUUACGAGUUCAUGAGAUAUGGCACUUUGUGCCCUCGAGUUUAUGAGAUUUGGCACUUUACCUACGAGAUCACGAGAUUACGAGUUUACGAGAUCCCGGGGAGUGCAUAACUUGGCAUUAAAAGUAAAAUGUACAUAAUAUAGCUAACUAUGCUUGUGUUUGAGCCUUGGUACAAAGAUUUCCUGUGAUGUGGCUAAGUGAUGUUUCCUACGAUGUGUUCAAUAGAUUGUUCAUGUGAUUGAAGUAUUUAUGUGAAGGCUUUAUUGUGAUGUGUUCAUGCAAUGAUUUAUCAUGAGAUUGUGUAGUUGUUACAUGCCUCCAUAUGUUGUUGAUUAUAUGGUGAUACCAAAAUGAUGUGUUAGUAAAUGUUUCUACCUGGAAUAGGGUGUGAUAUGAGUAACUCAAGGGUAAGCGUGUAUGAUAUGAGAACCGCUUAAAUUGGUUAAUGAACAUUGCAUACAUAGUUGGGUAGAGUACCAUUUAAACUACUAGAUUCGUUAAGUGAGCUUAAGCCCUUGGUGUACCUGAUCACCGUGCGCAACUGGAGUAUAUAUUGGGUUAUUAAUUACUCAUUGAGUGGCAUCUCACCCUGCCAAUAUUUUUCCCUUUCAGAGACAGAGAAACAGCAGAAGCCUCGGUCGAACCAGUGAAGUUAGUCGGAUGGCUGAAAGUCAAGGAGGAAGAGAGUGUUCCCCGCCACCUCAAGUAGCAGGUUCAAAUCAGCCUCUUCCUGAAAAUCAAGAUGAGCCUCAGGCUAAUAACCUACCUCAGGUAGUUCCCUACAAAAGGGAUUAUACUGAGGUGUGGAAGAUGGGUGCUGAGGCAUUUAAGGGUUCCAUAGAUCCCAAAGUGGCUGUAGAUUGGUUGAAAAAGACCGAGUGCAUUCUCAAUCAAAUUGGGUAUCCUGAUGACGUCAAGUUUGAUUAUGUUGUAGCCCUCCUCGAAAAAGAUGCUUAUGAUUGGUGGUUAAUCGUACCCGGGGUUGUGGAUAACACCGUUCAACUCACGUGGAACGAUUUUCUCCGACUGUUCAAGGAGCGAUAUGUGCCAAUUGUCUACCAAGAUCAGAAGAAGGUUGAGUUCUUAAUGCUGAAGCAAAAUGAAGGCUAGACGGUGGAUGAAUAUGAGGUGACCUUUCAUCGUUUGAUGACAUUUGCCAUGGAUAUGGUCCCAACUGAAUAAGAUAAGUGCCUUCGAUUUGAGAGGGGGCUCCGUAAAGAGUUCAGGGAAAUGGUAUCCAUGUCGGAUACGGAUUAAGGGUGGGCAAACGGUUCGGUAAACUUGAACCGAAACCAAAUUAAACUAAACCGAAACCAAAUUAAUGCUAUUCUGUUCG